UCUGGACUCUAGAAGUUGGACUACGUCAACAGGAGAGAGGAGAGCGUCCCAGCCCUCAGAGGAGCUGAGCAGAGAAACAUCCUCUAAGUGUCCACACAAGGAGAAGAGUUGCUGCGUCUCUGAGCCGUUUUUCCUGCAGGUGGACAUGUUUGAUCCGCGCGUAAAAGACGCACUGAAGACGGACUAAAAAGCUUUGACGUUUCUUCUUUUUUUCUUCUUUUUCGAUCAUCAGCAGCAGAAAAGAUGUUGGCGAGGAAAAGCAUCAUCCCGGAGGAGUUCGGUGUGCCGGGGCUCGCCUCCCGGAUGCCCCGCAAGCCGGUGUUCAGGGACCGCGUGAACAAGGCGCGCUUCAUCGCCAAAAACGGCUCGUGCAACUUGGCGCACAAGAACAUCCGCGAGCAGGGCCGAUUCCUGCAGGACGUCUUCACCACGCUGGUGGACCUAAAAUGGCGCUUCACGCUGGUCAUCUUCACCACGACGUUCGUCAGCAGCUGGCUGCUGUUCGCCAUGAGCUGGUGGCUGGUGGCGUUCGCGCACGGAGACCUGGGCCAGGAACGGGACCGGGAGCUGGACCUGGGGCGGCACAACAGGACCCAGUGCGUCACCGGAGACAAGACCCAGUGCGUCACCGGAGACAAGACCCAGUGCGUCACCGGAGUCAAGUCGUUCACGUCAGCCUUCCUGUUCUCCAUCGAGGUUCAGGUGACCAUCGGCUUCGGAGGACGUAUGAUAACAGAACACUGUCCGACCGCCAUCACCGUCCUCAUCAUGCAGAACAUCAUCGGGCUCAUCAUCAACGCUGUCAUGCUGGGUUGCAUCUUCAUGAAGACGGCUCAGUCAAACCGUCGGGCAGAGACGCUGAUCUUCAGCCGCCACGCCGUGAUCGCCGUCAGAAACAACUGCCUGUGUUUUAUGAUUCGUAUCGGGGAUCUCAGGAAGAGCAUGAUUAUAGGAGCCACCGUCAGGUUACAGGUGGUGAGGAAGACGACCACACCGGAGGGGGAGGUGAUCCCCAUCCAUCAGAUCGACGUCCAGACGGAGACGGCUUUGGCCAGCAACAGCCUGUUCCUCCUCGCCCCGCUCAUCAUCUGCCACAUCAUCGACAAAAACAGCCCGCUGUACGACCUGUCGGCCAUGGAGCUGCAGUGCAGCGACCUGGAGGUGAUCGUCAUCCUGGAGGGCGUCGUGGAGACGACAGGGAUCACCACGCAGGCCCGGACCUCCUACGUCUCCGACGAGAUCCAGUGGGGUCACCGCUUCGUUCCCAUAGUGACGGAGGAGGAGGGCGUUUACUCUGUGGACUACUCCAAGUUUGGUAAUACAGUCAAGGUAACGACCCCACGCUGCAGCGCCAGAGAACUGGACGAGAAGCCGUCGAUCCUAAUCCAGACUCUGCAGAAGAGCGAGCUGUCGCACCAGAACUCGCUGAGGAAGCGUAACUCCAUGCGGCGCAACAACUCCAUGCGUAAAAACGCAGGAGGCAGCGGGGGUCUGCGCAGGAACAACUCGGGGCUCCUGACACCGAAAGUCCAGUUCUUCACCCCGACCGAGGGAGGCCAGAACCUGAACGCCGUUACAUGAGGCCUGCCUCCAGCUGGCUGCCCUGCUCCUCCUGGUGGCCAGGAGGAUUAUGGGUGUUGGUGUUCUUCCUCGUCUGAUGGGACUCCUUCUCUUUCUGUUCACUGCCUUAUCUAGACUCCCAACACUUUUAAUGUUACUUCAUGUUCACACGCAUGGAGUAAUCUAGUUCUUAUUUUUAGAAUUAACUGUUGCAGUAUAUUUCUCCACACUCAUAGCGCAGCCACAAACCAAUCCAUUUUUCUCUCUCUUCAUUAUCAACAAAGCAAUAAUAAACAUUGGGCCUUUAUGCCUGUUUUAUCAUUUCUAGGGAGAUGUAUUUUCUUAUUGAAUAAAGUCACAGUCUAACUACUCGUAGCGGUAACUAGUGGCAAUCAAUCACUGUACUGACCAUGUGUGUUUUUCAUUUUAUUUUGUCUUUUGUGUUGUUGAGAAUAAAUGCACUCACUUCAUUUGAA